UCGGCAUGAACUCGGCCGCCGGUAUGUUUCCAAUGUUUCCGCCGCCGCCGCCGCCACCUUUCCACUACGCGUUCCCGAUGCAGUCCCCGGCGUACUUCUACCAUGCACCAAUGUCGCCGGUAUGGCCGUCGUCGCCGGUCCCUGUGCGCUCCGUGCGGGCGUCCAACUUCAAGUACGAAUCGGCCAACCUCCGCCACGUCGCCAGGAACGCCCAGUACGUCGCCAUCGCCCUGCACUACCCGGGCGUUGUCCACCACCCCGACCAGGACCAGAACGCCCUCACCACCGAGCAGCGCUACGCUCUCGUGAAGGCCAACGUGGACGACCUGAAGCCGCUCCAGCUCGGCAUCGCUCUCUACGACAGCGACGGCGGGUACCUCGACGCCUGGGAGUUCAACCUCUGCGACUUCCGCCCCCUGGCCGACCCGCACGACGAGAACUCCCUCGCGUACCUCGCCGGCCGCGGGCUCGACGUCGGCGCGCUACGCGACCACGGCGUCAGCGCCGACAUGCUAAGCAAGAAGCUGUUUGAAUCCGGCUUGGUCGGCGCUCAGCGUGGGCGGUCGCGGAGUUGGAUCACCUACGCUGGGGCUUAUCACGUCGCGUACCUGCUCAAAAUUGUCACCGGCGGUGCCCCGCUGCCGCGAGACGUGGCCGGGUUCAACGGCGCCGUGCGGCGUUACCUCGGCGACCAGGUCUAUGAUGUGGCCACGAUGGCGGCCGGCUGCCCGCACAUGCCACUGAGGUUGGAGCACAUCGCCGAUUACCUCGGCUUCCAUCCGCCGCUGGGGAGCCCUCGCCUAGCAGCUGCCGCCGGCGUGCGCGCGCUGCAGGUCUUCAUGCGGCUGCAGUACGUAGAGCUCGGCGGCGACGUGCGAAAAUACCGGGGUCUUCUUAAAGGCCUGCACUAGCUAGGUCGAUCUCACACAAACAAUGCUGAGCCGAGAAUUCGAAGCUCGUGCAAGGAAGACUGAUGCUGACUUGCGUCCAUGGUAACUCUGAUAAGUCCUUUGAAGUCCCAAGUCCGAAGAAUUCCGUUAGAAAAAAAAUCCAAAAAAUUACUACUCCCUCUGAUCUAUAUUAGUACAACAUUGGCAAAGUUGUACUGAACCAACGACAAUUAAUAUGGACCAAAAGGAUUAUUACGGUUUUAAAGUUUCAGUAAAGUCUGAACAAAAUCCGUUUCAGUGGAGUUUCAUAGUAGCCCGGUAAAGUUUCGCAGUAGUUUAAAAAAAAUCAAGUAUCAGGUAGCAAGGAAGUGCGGAGAGUUCGGCGCGACAUGGAGGUGUUCUUCAAGGCAUCCACUAGGUCGAUCUGAUACCAACAAUGCUGAGUCGAUAAUUCAAAGUUCGUGCAAGGAAGACUAAUGCCGACUUGCAUCAUUUGGUAGCUCUGAUCAAGUUCUUGAAGUCUGAAGAAUUAUUAGUACUCCACUUUUGAAGUUCAAGUACUUCCUCCGUUCCUAAAUAUAAGGCCUCUUUUGGU